AUGUGGAUGCCUACUAUGAGCUCAAGCUCAAGCUCAAGCGAUGAGAGGGAAGAGAAGACUGGAGAAGCUGAGCUUACCCCGGUUUAUCUCAGUGUGUAUGAUCUAACUCCUGUCAACAAUUAUACCUAUUGGUUCGGGAUCGGCAUUUUCCAUUCUGGAAUUGAGGCUCAUGGUUUGGAAUAUUGCUAUGGAGCUCACGAGUAUCCAACAAGUGGGGUAUAUGAGGUAGAACCUAAGAACUGUCCUGGGUUCAUCUUUAGACGGUCGGUUUUAUUGGGAACUACCAGCAUGUCCCGUUCAGAUUUCCGCUCGUACAUGGAGAAGCUUUCAAGGAAAUACCAUGGCGACACUUACCAUUUGAUUGCCAAGAACUGUAACCAUUUCACUGAAGAAGUAUGUGUGCAGCUUACUGGAAAGCCUAUUCCAGGAUGGAUUAAUCGCCUGGCCCGAGUAGGUUCGUUCUGUAAUUGUCUUCUACCAGAAAGCAUUCAGCUUACAGCUGUUAGUGCUCUUCCCGAACACCUUGAAUUCUCUGAUGAGGAGGAAUCAAACUCAGAGGCAUCUUCGGUGUCAGAUCAAGAAGGAUCAGAGCAGCAUCUCAUAAAUGCAGCAGACAGAGAGGUUGUGUAUCUACAAAACAAACCAGUGCGACUUACCAGAGAGGAGAACCCUUGA